AUGGCGGGCUUGGGGGCCACUGCCUUGGGGGCGUGGGCGCCUUGGCGGCGCUGGGCUUGGCCGGCUCGUUCUUUCGGUCCCCACGGCUUCCUAGCACGGAAGCCCGAAUGGGCGCCACGUUGGUUCGCAGCUUGCAGGCAAAAGACAUCACUAUCUUUCCUUAAUCGACCAGAGCUUCCAAACCUGGCUUACACGAAGCUUAAAGGCAAAAGUCCAGGAGUUAUCUUCAUCCCGGGCUAUCUUUCUAAAAUGGACGGUAUAAAAGCACUGGCAGUUGAGGAGUUUUGCAAAUCUCUAGGUCACGCCUGUAUAAGGUUUGAUUACUCGGGAGUCGGACAAUCAGAUGGCAUUUUACACCAAUGCACAGUCGGGAAAUGGAGGAAAGAUGUUCUUUCUAUAAUUGAUGAGUUAGCUGACGGGCCACAGAUCCUCGUUGGAUGUAGCCUGGGUGGCUGGCUUAUGCUCCACACAGCCAUUGCCCGGCCAGAAAAGGUGGCCGCACUGAUUGGGGUGGCUACUGCUGCAGACAGCUUUGUGACACAGUUUAAUCAGCUUUCUGUUGAGACGAAAAAGGAAAUAGAGAUCAAAGGAGAGUGGUCAAUACCAACUAAGUACAGCGAAGAAGGAGUCUAUUGCCUUCGGUACAGUUUCCUUAAAGAAGCAAAGCACCACUGCUUGCUACACAGCCCCAUCCCUGUGGUCUGCCCCAUACGCUUGCUCCACGGCAUGAAGGAUGACCUUGUGCCUUGGCAGACCUCCAUGCAGGUUGCUGACCGAGUGCUCAGCACAGAUGUGGAUAUUAUCCUCCGAAAAGAGAGUGACCACCGGAUGAAGGAGAAGGCGGACAUCCAGCUUAUUGUUUAUACUAUUGACGACUUAAUUGAUAAGCUUACCACGGCAUCUUGAAUUAUGUUAUGGCAUAAAAAAAUACUUUAUUGUGUAGUUGGCUAGAACCCCAUUCUUAGUUAGCUUGCAAACUGUUACAGAUCAGAAGCGAGAGAGGGAAUAUUUUUUCCUCCUUACCUGUAUUAUGUAAAUAUCACUUGAACAUUUAUGUAAUGAUGUUUUUGCACAAAUGGUACAAAUUUGAAGAAAGCACCAGCUGUUAUUUAGUAAUAAAUUUCUCCUUCAGUGCUUAAUUCUUUUUUUUAUUAAAAUGUUCCCAUUUUUCAAACCGAAGAUGUUUGCUUUCCUGAAAUACAAGCUAGCUGUGCCCACUCUUCAUUGUGCCCUCUUCUUAGAAUUGCCCAUAAAGCUUGGAUUCUUAGUUUCUGUUUUCGGUACACUAUGUAUGGGAAUUUCUAAAAUUACAUCUUGAUUUUAAAAUACACAAAAUACAGCACAAAAAAUGCUUAUUGAAAAAAUAUUAAAUGGUUAGAGCAAUAUCUGACAAUAAUAAAGUUCAAAAAAUAGUGUUA